UCAGUGAAUUUCAGUUGCCCAAUGACCGUGCUCCGUGAUUGACACGAAAACAAGCGGAGCGCCGUAGCCGAAUAGUAACUGGUGUUUUUCUUCGGUGCCGCAGCACGUUGGUAGUUUGUAGAAUUUCCACCCCCGGGGUGUUGUUAGUCCGGCACUUAGUGCGAUAUAGAACGAAACACAAGCAGUAAUUAAUUAUCAACCGUGGGCUGUCGGGAAUGUGAAUUUGCACAGUUGUUCGACAAAACAGAUCUGAUUCAUAUAAUAUUCAACAGUUGUUCGAUUGCAGGCCGUGUUCAAGGGUGGAAAAUUUGUCGGGCACGAGGAAACUUGUUUCCAUCUCCUAAUUGAUUUACAGCGCUAAGUGCAUAUCAAGCAAGAGGUUGUCAGUGACGAAGCCUUUCUUCUUUAGUGAACGGUGGUGACCAUGUAGGAUGCGGGGAUAGUUUUCAAUCCCAUCGAUAAAAGUGACCAAAAGGCAAUGCUGUUGGUGAAAGAACAAACAUUCAAGCGUCGAGCCACUCGAAUCUACAUCGUCAGUGUGGAUCGUGCAAUACCUAUUAACAUCGAUAGUUUACAUGUUCAACAGUAGCUAGCAGCAUUGGAUCUAGCUAGUAAAAGUGAAUGCCGAGAGCCUCAACAUAAGUGAAAUAAAAUACGAAAAAAAACUCUCGAAAAGAUUGUUUAAGUUUUUCAACACUCUCGGUCUCGGUUGUCGUUUGGACGGCUGCACACACACUCAACAUCAACGCCGGUCUCCGACCUACAGACGCAGAAAGAAUCGAGUAGCAGGUAUUGGUCAACGGUGGCCACGACGAGACGGCGUGAACGAUGGUGCAAUGGACCCUGAUUUGGGCUGGCGUCGGUGUCCUGUUGGCCAUCAGCGGGGCUUUCUUAGGAUGGAUAGUUUUCCCCGGUGCGGUGCAUGAUAAAAUUAUUGAGAACACGGAGCUUCGCCAAGGAACACCGCAGUUCAAACGUUGGGAAUCGCUACCUCAGCCGUUAGAUUUUAAGGUUUAUAUCUUCAAUGUCACUAACCCGUACGAAGUGCAGAUGGGAAAACGGCCGAGAGUCGUUGAAAUUGGACCUUAUGUCUAUUUCCAAUACCGCCAGAAGGACAACAUUCGCUUCAGCAGGGACCGAUCGAAGGUACACUUUUCACAGCAACAGAUGUACGUAUUUGAUGCUGAAUCAUCCUAUCCACUGACGGAGAAUGAUCAACUGACGGUGCUUAAUAUGCAUAUGAAUAGUAUAUUACAAAUAAUCGAUAGCCAAGCAAAGGAAACGAUCACAAAUUUUCGGUCCGAUGUUAACAAUACUCUCGAAAGAAUCCCAGUAGUUAGAGUUAUCAAAAGAAUUAUAGAGCGAACGACGCCGAUCCAAUCCAUCCUGCAAAUUGCCGAAGACGAAACCUACGAUAGUCUGCGGUUGAUCAACGUCGAGCUAAACCGUAUCUUUGGCCGACCGGAUUCCAUGUUUCUGCGGACCACACCGAAGGAGUUCCUGUUCGAGGGCGUACCGUUCUGCGUGAAUGUGAUCGGCAUUGCGAAGGCGAUCUGCAAAGAGAUCGAGAAGCGCAACACCAAAACCAUUCGAGUGAUGCCGGACGGGUCGAUGAAGUUCUCCUUCUUCCAUCAUAAAAAUAUGACCGAUGACGGUGUCUAUACGAUCAAUACCGGAACGAAAGAUGCCCUGCUAACUCAUGUGAUUGAUUCCUGGAACGGUCAUAGCACCGUGGACCGGUGGAGUAAUCGAUCACUGGGAUCGUCGGCUGCCUGCAAUCGUAUAAUCGGAACCGAUGGUUCCGGAUAUCCUCCGUUUCGGUACGGUGUACAGAAAAUGACCAUUUUCAGUUCGGAUAUCUGUAGAACUGUGGAUAUCAAGUACGUGGAGCCGUCCAGCUACGAAGGCAUUCCGGCGCUGCGCUAUGAAACCGAUAGUAACUUCCUGAACGAGAUUGGUCCCGAGUUUGGUAAUGAUUGCUACUGUGUCAAUCGAAUACCGAAGGCGAUCGUGAGAAGUAACGGAUGUCUGUACAAAGGCGCCCUGGACCUAUCGACGUGUUUCGAUGCACCGGUGGUACUAACUCUUCCCCAUAUGAUGGGUGCAGCCGAUGAGUACAGGGGGCUGAUUGAAGGAUUGAACCCCGAUCCGGACAAGCAUCAGAUCUUCGUCGACGUAGAACCGCUCACCGGAACCCCUCUGAAUGGUGGUAAACGGGUUCAAUUCAAUAUGUUCCUUCGGAGGAUCGAUUCGAUUCGGUUGACAGAUCGACUGCAAACCACUCUGUUUCCGGUACUUUGGAUCGAGGAAGGCAUUGCGCUCAACGAAGAUAUGGUCAAACUGCUCAACGAUAGUCUGAUGAAGGUGUUAACCCUGCUGGACAUCAUCCAAUGGAGUAUGAUUGUCAUUGGAGUGGUGCUGGCGAUCGUAAUGCCGAUCGUGUACUUCGUCAAACGGAAACCCUCAACACUGUCUAGAUCGGUCACACCGAGUCUUACAACGACAACUAGCGCCGCCAGCAUUCCCGAGCACGGCAGAAUCGGAGUGAAUUCGCAGAAAUGACGACAGUCACUCAUCACUCUGACUGAGUUGACUGAUUCCGAUGGGAGUGGAUGGGUACGGGAGUAAGGUAGUGUUAGUGUGAUCGAGAGAGUGAGAGAGAGUUUCAAGUGCCAAUGCUUUCUAGGAAACCAAGCAUGUAGGUUAGAUACUACUACAGCUGUUAUAAGUUCACUAUUGUGCAUUUUGUUGCAAACUAAGUCAAACCGAUUCCGUCCAAAAUUAAUUUGAAUGUGAAUAUUUUCAGUAUCGAAGCAAAAACAUGGUAAAAUAGCUAAUUUAAUGUGAUUAUUUGUACAUGAGUAAAAUGAGUUGAGCGUUGUUA